AUGGAGGAACCAACUUACGACUCAAGCCGCCCAAUGCCAUCCCUCGAGAUUGUCUACUCGUACAAACUGGUCGGCAUCCCGAACAAAACAGUCGUCAGUCUGCGUGUCGAAUUCCCACCGAACGGAUCCACUCCGCCGCAUCGUCAUGGAGGUGCAAACGUUUCCGCAUAUGUUCUCAAAGGAACGCUUCUAAAUAAAAUGAACGACGAGCCGAUGAAAACGAUUCAAGAGGGUGGAAGUUGGUUCGAGGCGCCGGGAUGUCAUCAUCGCAUCAGCGAUAACGCUAGCAAGACCGAGCCGGCGACGCUCAUUGCUACCAUAAUCACGGAUACUGAGGCAUUCGAGAGGGAUGGAAUGGGGGCUCUCAUCCAAAUUGAUCAGGAAUAUUUGAAAUAA